UUAGGAUUGGAUGGUUAGAUUCACAGAUUGGCUGAAUCAAGAAGAAUGAAAUUUAAAAGUUUUUUUGGUUUUUUUUCCCUAGGCAGGUUAGACGAGAACUCAAGUGUUGCAGUGCUGUAGAAAUGUCUGUUCAAACUACAGACUUGCACUGUUUUGAGAGAGAUGAAAUGCCAUGGAAAACAGUCAUUAGUUCGUGGCCUGUGGAAAACUUAGGCAGAGGAAGGAAAACUGUGGUGGAGAGAGGGAAACUUACAAGCAAGUCUGGCAGCUUUAAAGACAUAAGGGACAUUGUUGCGUGAUAGAAUGGAUGAACAAUCACAAGGGAUGCAGGGGCCUACUGCUCCACCAUUUCAGCCACAGAAAGCCUUACGACCUGACAUGGGCUACAAUACCCUUGCCAAUUUCCGAAUAGAGAAGAAGAUUGGCCGUGGGCAGUUCAGUGAAGUUUACAGAGCAACCUGCCUGCUGGAUGGGGUACCAGUGGCUCUGAAGAAGGUUCAGAUAUUUGAUUUAAUGGAUGCCAAAGCCCGUGCUGACUGCAUCAAAGAAAUAGAUCUUCUUAAGCAACUGAAUCAUCCCAAUGUAAUUAAAUAUUAUGCCUCAUUCAUUGAAGACAAUGAACUGAACAUAGUGUUGGAAUUAGCAGAUGCUGGAGAUCUCUCUAGAAUGAUAAAGCAUUUUAAGAAACAGAAGAGGUUGAUUCCUGAAAGAACAGUUUGGAAGUACUUUGUUCAGCUUUGCAGUGCCUUGGAACAUAUGCAUUCUCGUCGUGUUAUGCAUAGAGAUAUAAAGCCAGCAAAUGUGUUCAUUACAGCUACAGGAGUAGUAAAGCUGGGAGACCUUGGACUUGGUCGAUUUUUCAGCUCCAAAACCACAGCUGCACAUUCUUUAGUUGGUACACCUUAUUAUAUGUCUCCAGAGAGAAUACAUGAAAAUGGUUACAACUUCAAGUCUGACAUCUGGUCACUAGGCUGUCUGCUGUAUGAGAUGGCUGCACUGCAGAGUCCCUUUUAUGGUGAUAAAAUGAACUUGUACUCUCUGUGCAAGAAGAUAGAACAGUGUGACUACCCACCUCUCCCUUCAGAUCACUAUUCAGAGGAACUGCGACAAUUAGUUAAUAUGUGCAUCAACCCGGAUCCGGAGAAGCGCCCAGACAUCACCUACGUGUACGAUGUAGCGAAACGCAUGCACGCACACACCGCCAGCAGCUGAGCACCGGCAGAGCCCCGGCAAAGGAGCAGCAAGAACCAAGUGCUUUCAAUAAAUCAUCCCACCUCUCCGUGUGUGUUACACUAAUGUAAUUAUUUGAAGCUUACUGUUGUGCUUUGAAUUGUAAACCAAUUUAUAUACAGGCUUUGUUGUUUUCUGUUUAUCUCUGGGUUUUGUAUUUUUUACUAACUUGCAGUUGUACAACAGGUUUAAAUGUGUAAAGCGUAAUUUUAAGAUGCUGUGAACCGCUGUUUCCAUGUUAGUGGGUUCAAGUAUACUUUCUGUAAUAACAAAAUUGUAUUCUGUUGGGCCUUAGUUCUAAAACACAGUUGCACUUUUGCACAUGAUACAGAUAUUAGGCUUAUUAUCAAGAAGCAAAAUGUCUGAAUCUCUCACCUUUUUAGUAAUUUAUGGGAAGUAUGAAUCAGCACAGUUAACUUAAUUUUAAUCUUUGUUCCAAAAGGAACAUAAUUAUUACAGGAGCUUAUUGUAUUUUAUAUUUAAUUGUAGUUUGCAGUUCUUGCUGUAAGAGUAGACAAGGAAUAGAAUUAGUUCUCUGCUUGCCAAAUGCAGUGGAAAAAUAAUUUCAGGAAAAUUGUCAUGCUGAAAUUUUUGUCAUGUCCCCUUUUGAUUUGUUAGUCUCUCUUAAUAUACAAAACAUUUGUUGGAGGUUUUCUGGGAAAAUUUAAGGUGUUGAUUCAGCAUUCGGGUCGUUUUCAAUAGACUUGUGCAGCACUGCCCUGGGGCAAUGGGAGUCUGCAUAGUUCAGUCUUAAAAACAUGCAGAUGCUCCUUGUAGCCAAUAGGGUUCUUUUGUGGCUGUCCUUUGAGCAGGUCUGAUUAAAAGAUGUGAUCUUUAAGUUACAACUUCCCAACUGUUUGUGUAUAUGUCACUGUUUGUAGAUUUUUGUGUUUAAAGUAGUGUGAGUGGCCUUACAGUAUAUUUAAAUUCUAAUAUUUUUUUUCUAAAUACUGAAAUCUUUUGGCAAAGAUGUAAUAGUCCAGUAUAACACAAAAGGUAUUCUACAUAAAUAUGUGAUCUUUGUAUACUAUAUCCUGAGACUUAGUUUUAUAUUUAGCAGAAGUAGAUUAUAGCUUUUAUGUUUAAGAGAAAGUUGCCAUGCCUUAAUUUGGAAAAUAAUUAUAUAUGCAAACUAUCUUACAGAUACUGUGUUAGUUUAAAAGGAGAUUCUGAUUAUUUUUGUUAGACCUUAGUGCCUUUUGGGAUAUGCUUAUAUAAUAUUUUCAUCGUUAAGGAAGGAAUGUGUCUAGUUUUAAAAUGUGGUAAAAAUGGAGAGUGAAAUGAAAUUCCUUGAGUUUCAAGACUGAACUUUUUUUACAGAACUGCCAAAAGGUAAUUAUUAUCAGUGAUAGCAGCUAGGGAGUUGUUACUGUCAGUGAAGUCUUUUUCUUUACGUGGGUAAAAAGUUAGUUCAAAUAAAAGCAGAAGUAUGUACAUACAUAUAUAGGUUCUAGGUGCAGUCACAUCCAAGCGUUCAGUUUUUGGGUUUUUUUUUGCUAGUUUCUCUGUACAGCUGUAAUUUUUACUUGAUAUAAUGCUCAAAGAAUAAAAAAAAAUUUGUGGAGUUUGUGUUCAAGGGAGGGGUCAGGGCUGUUUUCGGUUUUGUAUUUUUUAAAACUGCAAAUACUAUGAAAAUUGUUUGGAAAAAAAAAAAAGGGACGUUUUUAGAUGGUAUGUGCCAGAUCAUUGGUUUAUCUUAAUACAUACUUUUUAAUUUUUUGGUUCCAGGUUUUGUAGGAAAAAUUGUAUGAAACUGUAGUUUUAUUUCUCACUUCUGUGUGCACUUAACCGUUUAGAACUUCAGUGGAACAGUUUGAUGGAAAGAAGUAUUGGAGAAAUUUUGGUUUCUGUUUAGCAACCUCUAGAUUUGUUUUCAUUUAUGAAAUGGUUAUAUAAUUUAAAACAUUAUGGUUAUAUUCUGUAACAAUGUUUCACGUGUCAUAGAAUGAAAUGCUUUGUAUUGAAAAAGGCAGUACAAUAUUUGCUUGACUCCCAGAAUUAGUUCUCAAUAUGCACAAGUACGCAAAUAUUGUUUUUCUGAAAUGUGCUAGAACAUUUAAAAUAAUUUAAAACAUUUAAAAAUCAAAAACUAAAAAACUCCCAAAUGCAAUGCAGGCUAUUUGUAGCUAAUAUUGUGGAUAAAGUAUUGAACUUUUCCUGCCAGAAACUGCUGAUAGAUAUCCCUCCCCUGGAAGGGUAUGUUGAGUAAAAGAAUAAUGAGUUAAGAGUUAGCAAAUGUGCAUACAUAAGCAUUUAAAUUUUUUUAGUAAUGUGGGGUUUUUUUUAGUAUUUAUGAUUAAAUAUUGUGCAGAAGAAAAGAAAUAGUUGUUCCCGACUUAAAAUCUGUGGAAUGAAUUGUGCACCUGACUUUGAUAGUAAACUCUACAAUUAAAAAGCCAGUGUGGGUUAAUAGAACUGCUUACAUAAGUGGGGAUUGUAGAAUCUCUCCCUAAAGUAAAAUACCUGGUAACAUAAAAAUUAUAAGUCUUGUUAUAACACUCCAAUGUAUGCUAUGUGCUUAUAAAAUAUUUUCUUUUCUAAACCACCAUCCUAUUUUUCAUAUGUUGAUGAUAACAUUUGGCACUAUUUAUUUUAGGCUAUGGCAUUAUGUGUUUAUUUUCUUUAAAGAAAAAAUGCUACAUUUCUACCCAAAAUGUCUGACCAGCUCCUCCUUUUAUUUCAGUAAUGCUCCAGUAUUAACUUGUGUCAGGAGUGAACUUUUUGUGCUUUGAACGACAUUGCAUAAAAUCCCUUUGUCUCAAAAGCUCUCCUGCUGUGCCGUAGUCCAAUAGAAAUAAAACAUUCAGAUAUUAAAUGUAAUGUAAAAA